AUGCUUGGGCUCCUUUUCUCACAAAGCGGAGAGCGAACACUUUCCGCAACGUCGCCGUAUGGCUCGCUGGGCUCAGAGCGUCUAUGCCGCUCAGGAACCAGUGAAGAGACCGAACUGGAGCAAGGUGGCGAUAGCGAGGAAGGCCUCUUCCGGUUCAUUCGAUCCCCCGUGAUUGACCAGCUCGUCGAUAUCUAUUUCGAGCUUUGCCACAACCGACCCUAUUCAUUCUUCCACGAAGACAAUUUCCGUCGCAGCCUCGCCAACCAUGAACUCCCCGAUCACCUAUUGUUGGCCAUGGUCGCGACGACGCUCCGGUUCUCCUCCGACGGGCAGGUGUCGACAAAACGGCAGGGGCUCGAUGCCCAAGCUGCGAGUAGCUCCUGGAGAAUCAUCGGCGACAUCUAUCUCGCGGAAAACAACACCGACAUCCACGUCGUACAAACUCUCGCUCUUCUAUCAAUAUUCGAUUUUACCGCUGGAAAAGCCCGCCACGGUUCAGCUUGGGUCAAGAUAGGCAUCGCUAUCCGUCUCGCCCAGAACAUGAAGCUUAUGCUCCAACCACCCGACCAAUUGCCCUUUGAAAGCCAGGAAGAGCGCCGUCGAGUGUUUUGGUCCUUGUAUAUCCUCGACCGACUCGCGUCAUGCGGUCGCGGGCAUCCCGCCACCAUCCUCGAGACGUCUUGCCAAUUGUCACUCCCGUGCGACGAAUUGUCGUGGCGAAACGGGAAACCCUCCACAUCCGCCGCAACGCUGAACCAAUUCACGGCACCACAGUCGCUUCCAUCGGUCAAGAACUCUCCAUUUGCGCUGGUUGUGUUAUGUGCCAGUGUGCUCGGUCGGGCCACGCAUCUCAUGUUACAAGGCGUGGAUGACAAGGACACAGUUCCGCCGUGGGACCAUAGGUCCAACCUGGCCGCCACCCAGUCAAACCUGAUAUGCCUGGAACCAUCCGUCCUGCUGCAGAAGCCCUUGCAACAGCUGAUCCACGAGGGGUUCUCCAUCGACGGGUGUAUUGACCAGCCAGCACUCGGUCCUCUAGUGUUCUCGCAGACGCUCUUCCAUCUUUGCUAUUGUAUCUUAUACCAUCCAUUUUUGCUCAACAAAAAGCUCAAGAAUUUCCAAGGCCAAAUUCCCAGCAGCUUUCUCCUGCACAGUUUUGAGACGGCGUACGAGCACGCCAAGCAACUUGUGCUCCAAAUCGACGCAGCACAAGCAGCGGGUUGCAGGGCCUUCGUCGCAUUUUACAGUUAUGCGGCCGUCGUUGCCGGGAGUAUCCUAGCACUGUGCCCGCACGAUGCUUCUGAAAGUAUGCACGCCGAGGCAAACAGCAUUCAACAGGUGAAUGUGGCCUUCCUGGCGAGGCUCGGUCAAUGGUGGAAUCAUACCCCUGUAGCCCUGUCGCUACUCCAGAGGUUGAUUCGCGAGUCGCACAAAUUCUCUGCCUCAACAUGGAACACUUUGGGCCAUACCCUGAUAUGUAGCGACGACGAGGAGUUCAUGUGGACGCUGCUCGACUACAACGCCUGGUCCAGCAUGGGCCCGGAAGACGUGCGGGCCCUUGACGAUAAGAAUCCACCGAGCGACCUCUGGCCCGACAUGAAUGAUUUCUGCAACACUUUCCCUCAAUUCGACUGGGAGUUGUUGCCGGGAACACACUCGCCGCUGCUGUCCGAAGCGUUCAGAGACGAUGAGUUCGAUGGAGAUACCAUCAAAGCACAGGCCGUAUGA